AUGGCAGUAGAUUUAAGGCAGGUGAUGGGAUCCAUACUGACAUUUUCUAUGUUCAUAAUGCUUGGGAAUAUGGUUAAAAAAGACCAUAUCGAUCCAUUUCUGCACCAUGCUUCACAGAUUGCAAAUGCUGUGAUAGUGGCUAGGCAUCUUGGAGCAACACUUUUGCUUCCUGACAUCAGAGGAAACAAACUAGGGGAAAAAAGAUACUUUGGAGAAAUUUACGAUGUCGAGAAGUUUGUGGCAAGCCUGGAUGGAAUAGUCCAAGUAGCCAAGGUUAAGCCUGCCGGAAUAUCAAACAUGAAAGUCACUGAUGUGAGAGUCCCUGAUAGGGUUUCCGAGGAUUUCAUUACUUCCACAAUCAAACCCAUAUUUAGGACUAAAAGAAACUUGAGGCUUGCAACUUACUUCGAUGUGUCAUCUGUGGAAAAGUCGAAAGAAACCAUGCACUCAAAUGCAUACCAAUGCCUGGCUUCAUUUGGAAGUCUCAAGCUGCAAUCGGAUUUGAUUGAAUUGGUUGAUUCAAUGGUUGGGACACUACGGAGCAUGAGCCAGAAAAUGGGUGGGCGCUUUGUGGCAAUUGACUUGAGGUUUGAUAUGUUGGGAAAUAAGAGGUGCCAUGAAAAUGUUGUUUCAAGUAAACGAUGUUAUAAUGCUGAAGAAAUUGGUGAAUUUCUCAAGAAGAUUGGUUUUCACAAGGAAACAACAAUAUACUUGACUCAAACUGGAUGGCAUAGUAGGCUUGAUGCAUUGAGAGAUAUUUUCCCCAACACAUUUACAAAGGACGCAAUUGUGCCUGCAUAUGAGAGGGCAAAAUUCAUGGGCGCAGAGGGUCGUGAAUAUGAACGAUUCAUCGACUUCAACAUAUGCUCACAAAGUGAUGUCUUUGUACCAGCGUACCGCAGCCGAUUCUAUGCCAGUGUAACAGGGAACAGAAUAGCUUCUGGCAAAACACAAAUAAUUGUUCCUGCGGAGAAAACUUCAGAGAUGGCCAAUCACUAUCUUUCCCCCUACAUAGCCAAAAAAAGCCAUUUUGCACAUUCUUGUUUCUGUUUUUAA